GACGCAUGCGUAGCAAGCUGUUUCCUUUUCCUCGUGUGUCAGGUCCAGGGCGUUUAUUUCCACCCCCUUUUCCUGUAUUGUGUAGAAAGAAUUAAUGAACACAAGUGUUUGUUUGUAAGGAUUACAAAAUAAGCAAAAAUGGCAUUUAUGAGGAAAAGCAAGUUUCGACAUGUGUUUGGUAAACCCCUUAAAAGAGAUGAAUGUUAUGACGGUAUUCGUAUAACCAGAACAUCAUGGGAAUCAACUUAUUGUGCAGUCAACCCAAAGUUUGUAGCUAUAAUUACUGAAGCAGCAGGAGGAGGAUCUUUUCUUGUAUUGCCCCUUGCAAAGACAGGUAGAGUGAGCAUUGACCACCCUAUGGUUGCAGGUCACAAAGGCGCUGUUCUUGAUAUUGCAUGGUGUCCACAUAAUGAUGAUGUUAUAGCCAGUGCUUCUGAAGAUUGUACAGUCAAAUUAUGGCAAAUACCAGAGGAUGGGUUAAAAGAAAGUUUGACUGACCCAGUAGUGGACCUGUGUGCCCAUCAAAGAAGAGUUACAUUGCUUGUCUGGCAUCCCACAGCUAUGAAUGUAUUACUUAGCACUGGUUCGGACAACUUUGUGAUUUUGUGGAAUGUUGGGACUGGUGAGGCCAUGCUUCAAGUUGAUAUGCCAGAUCAGAUUUAUUCUGGCUCUUUCAACUCAGACGGAAGCCGCUUUGUUUGUACCUGUAAAGACAAACUUCUGAGGAUAAUGGACACACAUACAGGAAAAACAAUUUCAGAAGGCAAAUGUCACUUAGGAUCAAAACCAGCUCAGUGUGCAUACUUGAAGAAUGGUCAAAUCUUUACUACUGGAUUCUCAAAGAUGAGUGAAAGACAGUAUGCAUUGUGGGAUGAGAAUGAUUUGAAUGAGCCAAAGACAAUAGAGGAGAUAGACUCAAGCAAUGGUGUUUUGUUUAUCUGUUAUGAUGCUGACACAAGUAUGGUGUAUCUUGCAGGCAAGGGGGACAGUAUAAUCCGUUAUUAUGAGGUUACUGAUGAGGCUCCAUAUGUUCAUUUCCUAACCCUGUACCAGUCCAACUCCCCACAGAGAGGUAUUGGAUUCAUGCCAAAAAGAGGCCUCAAUGUUAAUAAUAAUGAGAUUGCUAGGUUUUACAAGCUACACAACAAUGGUUUCUGUGAGAUUAUUCCAUUUACAGUUCCUAGAAAGUCUGAACUUUUCCAAGACGACCUUUACCCUGACACAGCUUCAGAUGUGCCUGCUAUUUCCGCUGAUGAUUUCUUUGCAGGGAAAAACGCUGAGCCUGUUUUGGUUUCAUUGAAAGAUGGAUCAGCACCAACCAAGAAAGAGCAGUUAAAAGUGGUGAGAAAGUCCAAUAUUCUUGACAAAAUGCCAGCCAAACCUCAACAACAACAGCAACAACAGUCAUCCAACAAUGCUGAAGCAGCAGCAGCCCCAUCUUUACCACCUCAGUCACACAAACAUGAUGGUAUCGACCUGAAGGAACUCCAAGAAGAAAUCACUGAGCUAAAGAACAAGGUGCGUAAACAGGACAAGCGCAUUGGGGAACUGGAGCAGCGCCUUCAAGCCCUGGAGCAGCAGAACACAGAGGAAGAUGAAGGCCAGGAAUGAUAGGCCUAGCUGCUACUGGCUUAUUUCUCUUAUAUGUAUAUUAUGAGCAUUAUUGUAGGUCUAAAACACAUUACCAGCUAUAUUUACACAUUCAUAGCAUUAUUUUUUUUAUAUAUGGGAUCCUUUUGUUGAAAGUAUUUUAGUUUUUACCAAAUUUUGAAUCCCCUCCCCAGAAAAGUUUUGAUAUUUGUGAAGAUGUUUUUGUGCCAUGAACAGUUAUCAAAGGCAGCACACCAUUGUUUGAUUCCUAUCAAGAAGAGUGUGUUUGAUCCCUUCCAAAAUGUGUACUGGGCUACAUCUCCCCAAGUUUGAGAAGCUCUGUCUUAGAUCAGGUGACUGACAGCAAGUAUUUUCUUCAGGUUCAUCAGACAUGUUAGUUCUGCUGCCAUCUCUAUCAUCACCUUAGAAAACACAUUUCUUGAUGAGUUUCCAUACUGGUAUGCUGGUAAACAAUCAAACUACUUUAGAAACAAUUUUGUAACUGUUAAUAGAGAAAAUGGUUUCAAUAGUCAUUUGGCUCAAACUUGUAUCAUGUUGCAUACUAUUAGAGAAACCUUGUCAAAUUCUCAUACAUAAGUAUUGAGUUCUUUUAUUGUACAACUUUAGACUAUAUUUGCUUUGUGUACAAGCAUAAUUAGUAUUUGCUAAAAACCUAUAACCAUGUUGUAUUGUAUGGAAGUGACCAUAGAAGAUCCCAGAUUUUAUAUCAACCUUAUUUAUCUUGUAUAGUCAUCACUGGGAUAAGGUUUGAUUUCAACUUUGCUGGGCUAUGUGUGUGACAUAAGCUAAAUGUUGAUCUAAGGACAGUGUUUGCCUAAAGACUUCCUUUCUCAAGACUUUGUCCCUAAUCUAUGCUGUCAUUUUCUUCAAAUUUGAAAACAUUUGUCAAAACACAAGGAGAUUCUGAUUGUUGUCCAUCUUUAGUUAUUGGUUUCUAGAUGUUGUUUAAAAAGUUUGCCAGGAAAUAUUGUUAGUACUUGAUGUCUCUGAAAUUUUGAUUAGAUUAUCAUACCAUGACUGAUUGAAAGAAAAAUCUAGAAUAACUAAUUACACAAUAGUAGCCAAAACAGGUAGCUGACAGUGGAGCUUCUAUUCUCCACCUGUUUGUCCUACAUAAUGUGUCCUCUGAUGAGUUCUUGGACCCAUCAGGUCAAGACUAAUUAAGGACCAUAUCACGUUUGCCUCAUAAGACACUAUCAGGUGGAGAAAAUUAGGCUCCACUGCAUUAAAAAUACAACCCGACUUUUAGCACUGUGUGCAUUUUAUUUCCAUAUGAUACUUGGUAUGUAAACAUAAUAUAAACAUUUGUAUAUCUGCACUGUGAAUGAUUGUACUGUUUUGUAUAAACAAUUUAGUUGCUUUUUUAAAAAUUGCUAUAACUUAUCAUUUGUUACAACCAAUGCAUGUGCAUAUGGAAUGAAUGCCAUUUUCUUUCUUAUGUAUUGUAAAUAACUUGCUGCAUGUUGAUUUUUUAAAUUGUUUUCUUAUUUUGGGGCACUGCUAAUUAACUACAUAUACCAUUUCUUGCAUCAGUUAGCUAAAGUUGUAUUCUAUGCAUACAAUCAAGUGGUCAAAAGUUUGAUCAUCUUGUACCAACAAAAAGCUUUCGCAAACUAGUUUUUAAAAAAAAAAUAACGCUUGUGUUAAAAUUGUAUUUAUAUGCCUGAGUUGAAUUGAUGAUUUAAUCUGUGUAUUUCUGUGGCUAAUGAAACUGUAAAGCCCUGCUAAAUUCCAAUACCUGACUUGUUCACUGAGAGCUGAAGUAUUGAAAGGCAAUUAUUUACUGACAUUCUCUGUAUAAAGCAAUCCAAUAAAUACAUAAUAAUUUAGAUCACCAUUUGCUCACUUGUGUGUUUCUUGCUUUGGUUGUCUUGUUUGUGAGGAGCUGCUGGACACUCAAGUGCCUUGCUCCUGAUAUUCUUUUUUUUUUCUUUUAUCAGACAUCUCAGGAGUUAGGCUUUUAUUGAAAAAUCAAAAUUGAUCUUUACAACUUUGGUAGGGUCACCUUUUAAUUCUCUAACUUUUUAUCUAAUUUUUUUUCAAGACUUUAAAUGAAUCUUUGAUGUAUAUUUAUUUCUGGUAAAGUUGGCCGUCUUGUUUUUCCUGUCUGGAUUAUAUUUCAGCUCUGUGUGAUCCAGGUGGUUGAACCGCGUGUGAUCCAGGUGGUUGAACUGCGUGUGAUCCAAGUGGUUGGACCGCAUAUGUUAUCCAGGCAGUUGAACCGCAUGUGAUCAACUCAGGGGUCAAGUUGCUGCUUUUUUUUUUCCCUCCUAGAAAUACAUUUUUUAUCUUUUUGCUUUCAACUAGUGUUUUUAAUUAAAUAUUUUAAGUUCAACCUUCUAAAACAUUUUUUGUGUGAGAAUGAUGCAACUAGAAAUGUCUAGGUUUUAAAAAGUCAAAAUGAACAAGUCAAAUUAUAUCUGAUUUUAAACUAGGUAGUAAACAUUCUAGCCACAUCUUAGCAGAGAAUGUUGUAAUUUAUUUUACUAGCUUUUUUAUUAAAUAAACUUUUUUUGUUUUAAUUUUAAAAUGUUACAAUAACUAAUCUUGGGCUCUUCAAUCUUUACUCUAUUGCCAAAUUUUAUUGAAGCCUCCCAAGUUUUUUGGUUCAGUCAUGGCAAGGGGUAAUGCAGCUCUUGCCUGGAAAACAAGAGCAAUUUAGUUUUUCCUGUAAUUUUUAGAAUUAAAUAAAAAAACCUCCCAAGUUACUUAGGCUCAGUAAUUGUUGGUAAUAGUUUCCAUGGAGAGCAACAGACUGGAACACAAGAGGCGGAGCUAAAGGUUUAUAAGUUCUGUUGAGCUAAGCAUUAGAUGAGGUUACUAUGCAAUGUUGUGCCUCCAAUUCCUUUGUUAUUUUUUAAAAAUAUUUUUGGAUCCAAUUUCUGGUUGACAAAUGAAGCAAUGUGUAUGUUUUGUGUACCAUAAUUAUUUGGCUAUUAUAACUGCUUGCUGCAAUAGUUGUACUUGAUGUUCAAGUAAUUAUUUUCUAUGAUUUUAUCCAAUUAAGAAACCACUAUUAUUUUAGAGCACUAUUCAAAAGCAUAACAUAAUAAAAAUCUCUGGUUUCAAUUCAUAAUACUGUCAACUGAACAAAUAUAUUUAGUGGUAAAAGAUCACAGUUUAGAAGACUCCAUUUUGUAACUGAGACAACUGUUUUAUUUUUGGUGUCAAGGCCUACAUAUUUUUAAAAGUUUCUAAUGAUCUAUUAAAUAAAGAUUUGUGCAGCCUUUUAA